UAAUUCUACAACACACAAACUCAAAAUAAAACUUAUACUCUCAAAUCACAUUUACAAAACACAACCAAACGCAGGCUAAGUUAUUCCAAUGUGUUGGGAUGCUUACGCUAUCACAAAUAUGCAAUCUUUUUGUGUCAGUAAAUUAUUGUUGCAAAAGCUCCACAGAGGCCGUUCUGUUAAAAUUAGAAGUACAAUGUAUUUCUGACUAUUUAUUGCACUCAUGACUGUUGUUCUCAGGACAAAGGAAUUGUGUGAUGGCACAAAUGACCAGAACUUAGAAUCAAUAUGUGGAAGGCCAUUAGGCCUGGGUUUCAACGAUAUGACUAGUGAGCUCUACAUCGUUGACCCUUACUUUGGCUUAUUGGUGGUCGGAGCUGGUGGAGGACUAGCAACACAACUUGCCACCGGUGUCGAAGGAUCUUUGCCUUUCUUGAUGCUUUGGAUGUUGACCCGAUAUCCAAAAUUGUCUAUUUUACAGAUCCUGGUGCUGUGUUCCGACUUGGGGUCUCUGUUCACCAUGUUUGUUGGCGUUUAUAAGCGUUGAAGCGUUGAAGUCUUGAAAUGGGAGUUUUAGUAUCAGUAUUGGUACCAGGGACGGAGGCACGCGAGGUCUAGAGGGGUCAUGUGCCCUCUCAACUUUUGAAAAAUUAUUCUUUUGUCUCUAAUAAAAAUAUAUAUUUUAAUUUAAUCUUUUUAAAUAAUAUCUUGAAAUUUUUA